AUGGAAGGAGAAAGAGCGCCAACCGGAGGCGUUGAUCCAGAACAUGGAGAGGGAAGGAGGGACAGAGAGGGGGAACCAGAGUCCUCGGCGGAGAGCCUCAGCAUACCCCCCGGGCUCACGGGCCCGCUCGCUCAACCCAAAUCCCUCUUGCAACCAGAAAGGCAUCCAGCACCUCUCACUGGCAUUACCAAUCCCAGCUUUAUGGAAGACCCUCCGCCGUAUUCUCCUCCAGACCCAAAGACUAUUCACCUGAUCUACCCAGCCUUCCAGGGCAGCCUCUCUGGCCAAGGGCCCGUCUUCUUCCAGCCGACAACUCUGCAGCCAGCCCUGAGCCCGCAGUCGCAAUUCUUGCCUGGAUCCUACCCCUUCACCAUUUACAACGGCUCCCUUCUCAGCGAGAUCCCAAUAGAUCCCAACCCCAGGAGGCUGCCGCCCAAAGAUUACUUCGUGGAAUCCGUGCUGGUGAUGCUCUUCUGUUGCUUGCUGACUGGUGUGGCUGCUCUUGUGUAUUCCCAUGAGACACGAUCCGCUCUGAGCCGAGGCGACCUUGUCCAAGCCAAGGCAGCCUCCCGGAAAGCUCGCACGCUGGUCCUCUUCAGCCUGCUGUUUGGUGUCUUUGUCUCCAUCAGUUGGGUGAUCUACGUCGUGGUGGCUCUCUAUUGGUGA